GUCCAAACGCCAUUAGCAUUUCCUCUGCCGGUCUCAUCGAUUAAAAGAAAUUACACUACACGAUACAAACUACGUGUGAUAUCUUACCUCCAUCAUGCUACAGUACCGAUAGGGCCAACUUCUACCCAUCCCGUAACAGCAGCUGAGACAGCACGGCGAUUUAUGAUUUCACCUUCCAAUAUUACACGUUGGAAAAAGCAGGAAAAGGUGUUAUUAGACUCGCUUGGAACACAGCGGCGCAAUAGGGUAGGCAAGAGGAAGUGGCCAAUAAUGGAGAAACUCCUCUAUGAUGGAUUUAUAGAACGGACAAAUUCAGGAAAAUUUGUAAGAAGAGGAUGGUUUCGUGUUUGGUCAAAGGCAUUAAUGUCAACACACUAUCCGAAUAGUGUUUUUCGAUUUUCAAAUGGGUGGUUCAGUGGUAUG